GGGUCAGCCAAUGAUGUUCCCACGAAUGCCCAGAAAAAGCUCGUUGGUCAAACCCAGAAAGCCACCAAUAAUGUUCUCGAAAGGACUAGAACGCCCACCGACUAUUUAUAAAUACCCAACCUGUAGUUGAAACCUUUGUAUCAUUGAAGAACUUGGAAAGCGUUUGAAGUUGUGGGAAUCCUAAAGCUGUUGCGCUCUAAUUGAAACCUACACCAAAUACAUAAAGAAAAGAGUAAUAGCACAAAUAUGUCGUCGAUUCGAGUCUUUUUUGGGAGCCGACGAAGCAACAUCUUCGAUCCUUUUACCCUCAAACUCUGGGAUCCUUUCAGAGACUUUGCUCUUCGUUCUUCACUAACUUCUGCUCGUUCCCCCCAAUGUUGUCAGGAAACCUCAGCUUUUGCCAACGUCCGAAUCGACUGGAAUGAGACACCAGAAGCCCACUUACUCAAGGCCGAUCUUCCGGGGUUGAAGAAAAAGGAAGUGAAGGUUGAAGUUGAAGAUGGAAGAGUGCUUCAUAUAAGUGGAGAGAGGAAUUUGGGGAAUGAAGACAAGAACGACACAUGGCAUAGGCUAGAGCGCAGCAAUGGCAAGUUUUUGAGAAGUCUCAAGCUACCGGAGAAUGCAAAGAUGAAUGAGAUCAAAGCUGCAAUAGAGAAUGGAGUUCUCACCGUAACGAUCCCUAAAGAAGAAGUGAAGAAGCCUGAUGUUAGGGCUGUUGAGGUUUCUGGCUAAUUACCAUCCUCUGCAUCUUCAAUGGAGAAUGGAGUACUCUUUUUGCUUGUUCUGUUGGUUUGCAGUUUGGUGUUUUUAUUUUUGUUUUUUUUUCUUAUGCUUCGAGUGUGAAAGUAUUUGGUGCCUUAUUUGAUAAGUGUGGAAAAGUUGAUCAUGCAAGUUUACGUUUGUAUACUCAUUUCAAUCUUUCGAUUUCAAUGAUUUCUUCUAUAGCUGAAUUUUAGCCUCUUCAGUU